AUGUUCGACGUAGUGUUCAUAUUUUUCUUGUUCUUAAUCGCGGUGACAUGCAUCAUGAACUACAUGCCAGGACGGAGUAAGAAGCAGGAAGCUAUUGAGGAUGAAGUGGAAGAUGACGUCAUUCCUCCACCACCACUGUUCGCUGGAGACGAUAUUGAAAAACAACCUACCACUAGUAGGGACACAUAUGUCGUUAUAUCGCCUCCAAUUGACAAUUACAAAACCAAAGAAGGUUGUCCUAUACACGUGGUGUAG